CCUGAUGAUGAACUCUCUAAAGUGUUACCAAACCCAGGACCCUGCAUUCACUAUAUAUGAUCUCCCACAGACCCUGCAUUCACUAUAUCUGGUCUCCCACAGACCCUGCAUUCACUAUAUCUGGUCUCCCACAGUGUAAACUGCUAAAUACCUUUUCUCAUCAGCAGUUAGAGCAGUCUUGUGACUUCAGCAGAGCACUGGUUAAAGCUUGUAGGAGCAGUUUUCUUUAUACUCUAGGA